GGGUGCAGGUGUAUGACGAGGGGGUGAAAGCUGUGCUGGUAGAAGACUCCAUUGUUUGGGCCCGUCGUAGCGACGUUACCGACACAAGCGGAGCCUCGGCACCAGCCUGGCCUGCUCUGGUGAGUGCUCAGCUGGAAACAAGCAAAACCAUUAACCACCCAAAUAGUCUGGGCUCCAUCUGUGAAUGAGGAAUAGAGUGAGCUGUACUUAGAUCAGAUUUAUGUUUGGAAUGUAAAGUGAAUGGAAGUUGGAUAACUCUUUCGGUCAUUGAAAUUCAUUUGAAAAUAAAGUGUGCACCUGAUCCCACACUGGUGUCUCCCGACUCAUCGAGAGGAGACAAAGAAAAAUUAAAGCGCCAUUUACAUGUUGCUCACCUUCCACAUCCACACUGGGAGUUAUUUUAGUCAUUGUUGUACGCUCUGCAGUGCACAUUUGCAUAUAAGUAUAAUAAUGUCCAAUCUGAAGGUUACCAUCACCUCGUACGCGUUUUGAACAGCUAACACUUGCAGCUGGAUAUUGGCAAUGAUAGCUUAAUUUCAACAACAAAAUGAGUCAAUUACUAUGGAGUUUGAUUCAGUGCUUGAUGUUUUACUUGCAUAAGAUCAAAGCAUCCAUGUUUAAUGUAAAUGCAUAAAGCACGUUAUAAUUGUAUUAUUUGUUUCUAUAUUUCUUUGUGUAAUCAGUGUGAGAGUGCUGUUUUCUUAUUUAUAUGAAAAUGACUCUACAUCAACAUUUUGGGACCAAUGUAUGACAAAGAAUUAACAAAAAAUGAUCUGCACGGUUUGAGUGCAAUUGCAAAACAUUGUCUACAUGCACAUUUUAAAAAAAAACAAGAAAAAUGCUUGCAUGUGUUCACGCAUGGAUUCUUAGUACAUACGUAUACAACUGGCUUAAUGAUCACCUUGAGGGCAGACAGGAAAGUCAGCACAUCAUUAACUGCUUAUGUUACUUAUCUUCCAGAUAGUAAACAGAAGUCAACCGAGGCCAGGUCAAUGUGCAGUCUGUUUUACCCUUUCAUAGACGUUUUGGUUUUGAAUUGGCCAGAUUACUUUACUUACUCGCCACUUCAUUAGUUACACCUUCUGUAGUGCCUCCAGAACUGUCCCUAAUAUUUCAUGGCAUAGAUUCAACAAAGUAAUGGUGUCAUUCCUGAAAUAUUCUGGUUCCUAUUGGUAGUUGCUACAGAUGUGUUGGUUACACAUUAGAGCUGCAUUAAAUCAUUCUUCAAUAAUCUUAAAAAAUGGUUGAUGCAUUUUUUUUGGUUCAAUGCUUUGGGUUAAUCCAACAACUUGGUAGCGCUCAGUUCUCACCAUGUAAAUGCAAAUGUGUCACCCACAUUUGUGAUUUAAAAUAUUUAAAAAUUUUUUACUGCAGGCCAGUAAAAAUAUACAUGGGCCUGUAAAACUCUAGGCUGCUGACAUGGACACUGAAUUAUUGACAUCAACUAUUACCAUUAAUUAUUACAUCUACACCGUUAGAACGUCUGUUUUCUGCAGUAGAAAAUAUUGCAUUUAAAAGCCCAGUUUCAGUUUUAAAAAUGUGGACAUGCUUGCUUUUCUUCAUUGCAGUCAUCAUUUACAGACACACGAGCACACACACAGAAAACACAUACGCCUGGACACCCACCAGAUCUACUACGUCCAGGUGAUGCAGUACAGUCAGAACUCUUUUUGCCUCCUAUUAAUGGAAGAAUACAUUGAAAGAAAGAGUAAAGGCUGUUUUAUUCUGUGCCUCAGCUUAGGUCGUGUAUAUACCUUUUUUCUUUUUUAAAUUACUGUUACUUUGGAUUUAAGAAAUAUUUUUCUUUAAAAUAUGAUUUUAAUAUGAUAUUUAAAUACAACGAGAGGUUUGAAUUGUUUUGGCAGACGUUGUAUUCAGUUAAACUAUUAAAACAUUGGUUUCCAUUUUAGAAAUUGCAAUUAGUAGUGCAGUUUGAAAGAUCAGUUUCCUCUCUUUUGAAUAUUUAUCAUUGCUCAUUAAUAUGACAAAGUAAUAUUCAGUUAAUCAGAUAAUUGAUCGAACACUCGAUAACUAAAAUAAUUGAUAGCUGCAGAACUAAUGCAUACAUCUAAUGCAUCCGUGAUGUAAAUCUCCUGUUUCACCACAUCCCAAAGGUGCUCUAUCGGAUUGAGAUUUGGUGUCUGUCGAGGCCAUUUCAAUACAGUGAACUCAUUGUCAUGUUCAGGAAACCAGUUAGACGUGACUUGAGAUUUUUUGACAUGGUGUGUUAUCCUGCUUGAAGCAGCCAUCAGAAGAUGGUCACACCGUGGGCAUAAAAGGAUACAGCUGGUCAGCAACAGUACUCAGGCAGGCUGUGGCAUUUAAACGAUACUCUGUUGCUAUAAGAUGAUUAGAGUAUGCCUAGAAAAUAUCCCCACACCAUUAAACCCAACCCAAUAGCCUGCAAGGCAGAAAUGAUCAAUGUCUUCAUGCUGUUUAUGCCAAGUUCUGACCCUGCCGAUUGAUUUUCCAGCAGAAAUUGAGACUCAUCAGACCAGGCAACAUAUUUCCAAUCCUUUGGUGAGCCUAUGUGAAUCGUAGACUCUGUUUCCUGUUCUUAGCUGACAGAAAUAAGACCCAAGAGCCUUCUGAUGUUGCCCAUCUGCAUCAAGGUUCAAUGUGUUCUGCAUUCAGAGAUGCUCUUCUGCAUAUCUUGGUUCAUCAAGUGGGUGUUCAAGUUACUGUUGCCGUUCUAUCAAGCAGUCUACAACAGCAUGGCGUUUUUACCCAAAGAACUACUGCUCACUGGCAACUUUCUUUUUCAGACCAUUCUCCGUAAGUGCUAGAGAUGGUCCUGUGGGUAAAUCCCAGUAGAUCAGCACUGUCUGAAAUACCCAGCCCAGCCUGUCUGACACCAACAACCAAUAACCAUGCCUUAUUCAGUCAGUUGAAUGACCAUUUUUCCUCCAUUCUGAUGCUCAGUUUGAACUUAAGGAGGUUGUAUUAACCAUGUCUGCACACCUAAAUGCACAGAGGUGCUGAUUAUACCAAAUAUAGUGGCAAGUAACUGGUGGUGGACUAUUAGACUGAUCUACAAAAUUGUAUAACAUACAAAAAAAUGCAUAAAUACAUAAUUUUGUUACUCCUUUUGGUUGUUGAACUGAAUAAACCUAAUGUAAGUUCUCGCCCUGUAUUUAUCUCAUUACAUGCUCUCGCCUUUUCCACAGACUUUCCGCUCUCUGGUGGACAGAGUUGGUUUAGGAUCCUUGGUUCCUGUAGAGUACUUUGGAAACAAGAAUUUUGAGUUCCUGCCCGACAACAAAACUGUCCAAAGGUUUGAGGUUGAUAAAGAUGUUAGACACCCUCUGCUGUUGGAGCAGCCAUCUCUGCAGGCUGCCAUCUCCAGCUGGCGUACUGACUUUGAACUGCAGGAGAUAUUCAGGAAGGGUUCAUACACUAUUCAAGGACGCAAAGUUCGUGUGUACCAGCCGGAGUUUGAAGAGUGCUGGGCCACUGGACUGGUCUCACAGCACGACCCUAUCUCUCACAUUAUGGAGAUUACCUUGGAUAAGGGAGAAGAAAAUCAGAUGGUUGAUCCUCGUGUGAUACACGUCAUGCUGACAGAGGAGGAGCUUGGCAAGAAUGGGCGGCGAAGGAAGGACAGCGAAACAAUGAAAGGAGACAGCGGACGCAGACGCAGGACUGCCUCAGAAGGUGAGGAUGACUUGAACUUGAAACGGUUUAAAGGAGCAGCAGAUACCGGAGCGGACGCACAAAACUGCGGCGACACCAGCAAAACUGCAGUGGACGCGAUGGGGAUUUGGGCUGGAGACUCUGGUGAAAGAGUCAGCAGCACAACCAAAAAUGGAAGCUCUUCAGAUGGAACCUUUCCUCAGGGCCGAGGUUCGCCCCCAACAAUUAAUUCCUCGCUCCAGAUGGACCAGUCAAACGCUAGUUCUCCUCGCUAUCCCGGCCACAUCAAAGAAAACGGUCGCGCAGUCGCCACGCAGGGAGCAGCAGACUCGACCACCACCAUUACACCCACUCCUCCUCCCCUCAAACCAGCCCCUUCCCCCUUUUCCACUGCGUCUUUUCCCUCACUAGGCCAGAUGCCAGUCUUGGUUCCUGGAGCACCAGCCCCCAAGGCCUCCUCAUCCCCCCAGCUCGAACGAGAGGAGGGCAACCAGGCAGCUUAUUCCAAAACAGCUGCUCUUGUUUCCCCAGGACCUGUCACCAUUUCUUGGUCACAAGACAGCAUUCCCAGUGUUUCGCUUUCAGCUUCUGUGGGUUUUAGCUCUAAAACUUCUAACUGGGGAAGCCAGACGGAGGGAUCUAAAACGGCAUCAGGCUUUCGUUUGUCCCAAGCUGGACCUACUGCUCCUGUAUUUGGAGAUGUUACCUCGCAGACCAACGGAGCUCCUACCACUACCACAGCCUCUCAGGAUGCUCCCAAGCCUUUUGGCUUCAGUUUUGGUGGAGCAAAGACUGAGGCUCAGCCUAAGCCAGACCAGAACCUGUUUUUCCAGUGCAUGUCGCAGAAGUCUGUCACCAGCCUAAAUCUAACUGCUGAUCAGACCCAAUCCAAGGACACCAAUUACUUUACUGCAGUGUCUGAGAGCCUGAGUAAAGAGCCUCCAAGCCUUUUCAAGCCAGCAGCCCCCACUGAAGGGCUGAAAAAGCCUGAGCAGCCUAAAGUGCCUGAGGUCCAGCAAACGGGAAAUGGUGUGUUCAACAAAUCAUCAUCACCCUUCCAGGGCAUGGGGGGCUCUCCAGGAGGACGGAGCUCUGGCUUAAAUGUGGGUGGUCCAGCAGUGUCCUCUGGAGCCCAAAGUGCUUCUAAAAAGAACAGUAAUAAUGGAAGUUCAGUAGUUGGCUUAGGGCUGCAGUCUGGUUUUAAUUCUGCAGAGAGUCACCAGAACCUUUUUCUACAGAACUCCAAGGAGUCUGCUAAUCCAUUUUUGGCAUACGGGGAAAAAUCCUCCCUCACAGCUUUCGUUGGCCUAACUGGGUCCGAGCCACAGUCCAUGGGUCCUGCGCUGGACAGCAAGCCGAACCUGUUCACUAUGGCAGAGCCACCUAAGGGGAUUCUGUCUUCUCCUUUCCCAGCAUCGUCAGCAGCUGCUUCAACCAGCACUUCCCCCUCUCCGGCACCAGCCUCAUCUCAGACGUUACAAAGUGAAGGGACUGAGACAAAGGAGGUGCAAGAUGUUAGCGAGAUUUCAUCAUCCACCUCAGACUGCCCGAUGUUUGGAAACGCUGCCCCUGGCGGAAUGGAGGAGGUGCCCGUGCCCUUCGACCAGAGCCAGUCUCAGAAGUUUAGCUUGGAAGACAGAGGCCAGUCGUCUAAACAUGACUCCGAGUCCAGCAGCAACAGUGACCUCUCAGAUCUGAGUGAUAAUGAAGAGGGCCUGGAGAAAGGUCAAAUCCCAGGAGGACCUUCUGUUUCUGCCAAGGAUGGAGCCAUCAUGCAGAAAAAUAAGGUCCAGGGGGCCGCUAAGAGCCGUCCACGUAACAAGCCUUUCAAAGUGGGUCAGUCUGUACUUAAAGAUCAGAGCAAGGUGCGUCGUCUAAAGCAGUCUGGUGAGUCCUUUCUUCAAGAUGGCUCCUGCAUCAAUGUGGCCCCUCACUUGCACAAGUGCCGCGAAUGCCGCCUGGAGCGUUAUCGGAAAUAUCGGAAUACGGGCGAAGAGAGCGACGACGAUGAUGAUCCGAAUGUAGCCUGUCGUUUUUUCCACUUCAGAAGGCUGGCUUUCACUCGUAAAGGUGUGCUGCGUGUGGAAGGUUUCUUAAGUCCCCAGCAGAGUGAUUCUAUGGCCAUGGGACUGUGGCUACCUGUGCCCGCUGUCCAUGAGGGCCUCGACCUCGACACAUCCAAGUACAUCCUGGCCAAUGUGGGAGAUCAGUUUUGUCAGUUGGUGAUGUCUGAGAAGGAGGCCAUGAUGAUGGUGGAGCCUCACCAGAAAGUGGCCUGGAAACGUGCCGUGCGAGGCGUCAGAGAAAUGUGCGAUGUGUGUGAGACCACCCUGUUCAACAUCCACUGGGUCUGUCGUAAAUGUGGGUUUGGAGUGUGUCUGGACUGCUACCGGCUUCGCAGGAACAGGCCAAGGGAGGAUGUAGACGAAACUCCGGAGGAUGAAGUUUUCUCUUGGUUGAAGUGUGCCAAAGGCCAACCUCACGAGCCACAAAACCUCAUGCCUACACAAAUUAUACCUGGAACAGCUCUUUACAAUAUAGGAGACAUGGUGCACUCAGCAAGAGGCAAGUGGGGUAUUAAAGCCAACUGUCCCUGUGCCAAUCGACACACUAAGCCUCUAGUGCGCCCUACUGCCCCAAAUGGGAUUUCACAGCAGUCCACACCGGGCAGUGGGGGUGUCCUUGCAGGUGCAACCUCUGGUACUGGCAUCACUCCAAAAUCAGAGGGAGAAACAUCAGCAAUCAAAACAGAAACCACACAGACACCAGUAUCGUCAGACAGUGGGGGUGGAGAAAGUGUGGGCAGUACCAGUACCUCCACCAGUGGUACGUCCUCCCCCUGUAACCUCACACAGUCCUCUGUCAAGGAGUCGCGCUCAUCAGGAGAAGGCAACAGCUCUGCUCUGCACUGGCUGGCAGACUUGGCCACACAGAAAGCCAAGGAUGACACAAAGGAAUCCGGUUCGCUUCGCUCCAUAAUGAGUCGAGACAGUCGACCUCCCUUCGGCCUGGACUCCCUCAGUGCUCUGUCAAAGCCUUCUGCUUCUAGCCCUAAGCUAUUUAACAGCCUUUUACUGGGCUCCAGCAUGGCCCAGUCUAAACCUGAGGGAUCCAGUCUCCGGGACCUGCUCAACUCCGGACCAGGAAAACUGCCCCAAGGCCCUGGAGAGAGUGGGGUACCAUUCCCCUCUGUUUUUACCUCAGCAGGCAGCGACAAGCUGAAGAGCAGCCUUCCAAACUUCCUGGAUCACAUCAUCGCCUCAGUUGUGGAGACCAAGAAGGCCGAGGGCCGUCGCACCGGGGCCUCUGAAGGCGGAGAACUCGGAGCGUUAGGGUCUCGCAAAGACGGCGUAAUGGGCCUUAGCGUUUUGGAGCCACAUACCUCACACUCCUGGCUCUGCGAUGGCCGACUCCUUUGCCUACAGGAUCCCAGCAACAGCAACAACUGGAAGAUCUUCAGAGAGUGCUGGAAGCAGGGACAGCCUGUGUUGGUGUCAGGGAUACAUAAACGUCUGAAGACUGAGUUGUGGCGGCCUGAUGCUUUCAGCGAGGAGUUUGGAGACCAGGACGUAGACCUGGUCAAUUGUAGAAAUUGUGCUAUUAUCUCUGAUGUAAAGGUGCGAGAGUUCUGGGAUGGCUUUGAGGUUAUUUCCAAGCGACUGCAAGAUGCCGAUGGCCUGCCCAUGGUGUUAAAAUUAAAGGACUGGCCUCCAGGUGAAGACUUCAGGGACAUGAUGCCCACACGGUUUGAUGAUUUAAUGGACAACCUCCCUUUGCCCGAGUACACAAAAAGAGACGGUCGUCUAAAUCUCGCUUCGCGCCUCCCUAACUUUUUUGUGCGUCCUGACCUUGGACCAAAGAUGUACAACGCUUAUGGCUUAAUAUCGACUGAAGACCGGAAGGUGGGAACCACUAACCUCCACCUGGAUGUGUCUGAUGCGGUCAACGUCAUGGUCUAUGUUGGCAUCCCUCACGGAGAAGACAACCAGGAGGAAGAGGCAGAAAUCUCUGGACGCAAAGAGGUCUUGACCACCAUUGAGGAAGGCGAUGUGGAUGAAAUGACGAAGAGGAGGGUGCACGAGGGAAAGGAGAAGCCUGGAGCUCUCUGGCACAUCUAUGCUGCCAAGGACGCAGAGAAAAUCAGGGAGCUGCUUCGCAAGGUGGGAGAAGAACAAGGUCAAGAGAACCCGCCAGAUCACGACCCGAUUCAUGACCAGAGCUGGUACCUGGACCAGGUGCUCCGCCGCAGGCUCUACGAAGAAUAUGGCGUCCAGGGUUGGGCCAUUGUACAGUUCUUAGGAGAUGCUGUAUUUAUCCCUGCUGGAGCUCCCCACCAGGUGCACAACCUGUACAGCUGUAUCAAGGUGGCGGAGGACUUUGUGUCUCCCGAGCAUGUGAGGCACUGUUUCAGGCUGACCCAGGAGUUCAGACACCUGUCCACUACUCACACAAACCAUGAAGAUAAACUCCAGGUGAAGAACAUCAUCUAUCACGCAGUGAAGGACGCCAUUGGGACGCUGAAGGCCCACGAAUCCAAACUAACGCGCCCUUACUCGUCUCCUCAAACCGCUGGCCUCUGAAGACCACUCCACUACAUGCACACAGCGCAUACAUUUCAUACCUACAUAAACAAGUACCAGCUGCACAGCGCAGAGUACAGAGAUAGUGUAGGUUGUUUUGGGGGCAGUGAAGGUUUGUGUGGGAAGACUGUACAUUUGAUUAGAUGGGGAGGGAUGAAUCAGCGCUUCGAUGAAGGAAGUCCUUUAUCGCUGUUACACAGUACGCUCAAACUUGUCUAGUUGUUUUCCUUUUUUUUUUUUU